AUGGAUUUCAUCAAGACCAGUUCCCUGCGUGCUCUGAUUGAGUUAACUUUCCAACGCAACUGGAACGGCCUCAUUUGGAUGAGUAGAAAAGGAGUUAUAGCCAAAAGAGUGAAGACUGUCCCGGCUCUAUCGAGAAUCCGCGCCAAGCCGUGCAGACGGCCGGCCGAGGAACGAAGUUCUCGGCCAAAGUUCGAUUCAUCCGGCCGAGCACGCAUCACGACCCGGGAAACAAUGUCCCGCGGUCGGCCAACCACGACCACUCACGCCACGCCGCGCACGACCACGCCGCGCGAGCCGGGAAGCAAGCCUCGCGGCCGCGCACAACUCACGUACCACGGCCGAUGCGCCGUCCGAGCCGGGAAGCACGUCCCGCGUCCGGCCGAGAAACAUCGGCCAAUCUUCACCCGUCCGACCACGCGGCCGACCGAGAAAUCAUCCGGCCACGACCGUUCCGACACGCCACGACCCGACUGUCCGGCCGACCGUCCCGACCGACCGUCCGAACGCCGCGGUCGACCCGAAGCCGUUUUUGAAGCCCAAUCCGCACAAUUCAAGCCCAAAGCCGGCGCCGACUAG